UCUGUAUUCUCAUCAUUAUGAAAAUCCACUGUAUUUUUCUCCUUUCAUUUUGGCGCCGCAGGGGGGUUUUAGGUUGCUGAGCUUUCGCUUCUGUCUUCCUUCUCCGUUUUUUGUUUAGGGUUCUCUAACCUAGCCAUCAAUAAAGGCUCAUCUGCUCUGUACGAUUUUCCUCUUCUCUCUCUGCGUGCGGUCUCGAGGUGGGUUGGUGGAGAAGAAGACAAAAUAAACUCCUCGCAAUAACCUCUUCGGCUUCGCAGUUAAAAAAACUUAGCCGCCCCCACUUUUGUGCAAGCAAGUCUCCGUGGCGUUGAGCUUCCUGAGUUGUCAACUUCUCCAUUAAAAUAUUUGGUUUCUUCUUCAAUCGGGUAUCCAUUUCCUGCAUUAGCAAUAAUGCAGCGUUUGGAGGGCGUAUAAUUAAUCAAAUGUAUGUAGAGCAUAAUCACAUGAGUUACCUGAAGCUUCUGUAUUUCUUCUGCUUUGGCUUCGAUUUGAGUCUAAAGAAUUCAUAGGAAGGCUGAGAUGGGAUGUUCAGCUUCUAAGCUGGAUGAUGAGGAAGCAGUUCAGCUCUGCAAAGACCGGAAGAACUUCAUUAAGCAGGUUAUUGAGCACAGAAACAGAUUUGCCUCUGGUCACGUGGCUUACAUUCAGUCGAUGAGGAGAGUUUCGCUAGCUCUUCUACAUUAUGUCGUGGCUGAUGACCUUCAUGGCUUUCUAUCUGAUUCAUAUACCACUCCUCCAUUCACUCCUGUGGAGGGACUGAGCCCUGAAAUCAGAGCUCCUCUUAAGUUCUUCACACCAACAUCAAAUGAAACAGUAAAGAGCACCGUUCGCACUGUAAAUUACUUGAGAUCAGGUGGAAAUCAAUCAGUUGCUGUUGAAGAAUGGCCCGAGCCUCAUCAAACUGUGCAGCUUGAAUCCUACCAUCCAAUGGAAAAUUAUGGUAUGAAUGGUUUCUUUGCAGCACAAUCUUCACCGGUAUAUAGAUCAUCAUUCUUCUCUUCUCCUCACAAUAGAGCAGGCUAUCAAUCAUCAUCUCCUCAAGCUUCUAGGUGGGAUUAUUUUUGGAAUCCUUUCUCCUCAUUGGAUCAGUAUGGUUAUCCCUCAAGAAACAGUUUUGAUAGGAUAGUAAAUGAUGACGAUAUAGCUGGGCUGAGGCAGGUUCGAGAAGCGGAAGGAAUUCCUGAUUUAGAAGAAGAUAUAGAUGAUGAUCAUGAUCGUGAUCAUGACAGAGCGAAUGCAAUAUUUUGGGGGGCUGAAGCAAAGAGAAAGUCUCCAGAGGUUGAAUGUAAGCAUACUGGAGUUCAAGUUGGUGAUGAAAGUCCAGUUUCUGCAAGUGUAGAGGUUCAAAAGCUGCAAGAGGUAAAGGAGUUGAAGUCAAAAGGGAGGUCACAUAGCAUUGAAGCAUCAGAAGAUCAAAAUACAGAAAAUACAGUAGAACUUGAGGUCCCAAAUCAGCGUCAGGUGGCAGGAACCAGUAAUGCAGAAGAAACUCCUGGAUUUACUGUUUAUGUAAACAGAAGACCUGCUAGUAUGGCAGAGGUGAUGAAGGAUAUGGAGAAUCAGUUCGUGAGGAUAUGUGAUUGCGCGCAUGAGAUCUCUGUGAUGCUAGAAGCAAGCAGAGCUCAGUACUCUUCAGCUUCGAAUGAACUAGCAGCAGUGAGAAUGCUGAAUCCAAUUGCUUUGUUUCGAUCAACCUCAUCACAUUCAUCGGCUUCCAAGUUCUUUCAUGCUUCAUCUAGUUCAAAAGGGGAUGCUGAUGAGAGCAGUAGUGAUUACUCAGAAGAAUGUUGCAUGUUAUCCGGCAGUCACAAAUCUACCAUAGACAGGCUAUAUGCAUGGGAGAAGAAACUAUAUGAAGAAGUAAAGUCUGGUGAACGUGUGCGAAUAGCUUAUGAGAAGAAAUGCAUGCAACUGAGGAAUCACGACAUCAAUGGGGAUGAACCUUCUGUAGUUGAUAGAACAAGAGCAGCCAUAAGAGACCUUCACACCCGCUUAAAAAUUUCUAUCCAAACAGUUGAAUCAAUUUCCAAAAGAAUUGAAGUGUUGAGAGAUGGAGAAUUGCAUCCUCAGCUUCUGGAGAUGAUACAAGGGUUACGCCGUAUGUGGAAAACAAUGGCGGACUGCCACCUGAUCCAAAAACGCACCAUUGACGAAGCCAAGCUUCUCCUCUUCUCCAACAACGCCACCGCCGCCGCCGCCGCUACUCCACCAAAACCACCGCGCCCCGCAGCCAAUUUGGCCGCCGAACUGCGAAACUGGCGGUCUUCCUUCGCCAACUGGAUCGACGCCCAGCGCUCCUACACUCGAGCACUCGCCGGCUGGGCCUCGCGCUGCGCCCCGGCCGAUGCCGGCGAAACUUCCGGAAGCCGAAAAGCCCUUUCCCCCAUCUCCCCACUUCGCGUCGGAGGCGAAGGGGACGCGGCAUGCCCGGAGGUGGUGCGGGUGUGCGUGCGGUGGUCGCGGUUGGUGGAGUCGGUGAGUGAGGAGAUGGCAGUGGAUGGGAUGGAUUUUUUUGCGGCGGGAAUGGCGUCGGUGAGCGCGCAGCAGAGGGAGGCGGAGGAGGGGGCUUUGGCGGCGGCGUCGGCGGUGGAAGAGGUGGGGCCGAGGGUGCUAUGUGCGGGAUUGUCGGUGGCGGUGGGGUCGUUGGCGGAGUUGGCGGUGGUAUCGGCGGAGGGGUAUGAUGCGGUGGUGAGGAGGAUUGGAGGGGAAGGGAGAGGGGUGGCGGAUGCUUGAAUCCGUUGCCAGUGGUAGGAUUGUAAAUUAUGGAGAUGUUAGUGGCGUUUACUUAUUUGAUUAUGUAUCGGUGAAUUUGGGUGUUAUAUAUACAUUUAUACGGAGUCAUAAGACUCAUAACGGCUAGAAUUUGGGGAGUCAGUGUCAUUAUUCA